AUGAGUGACCCAUUGAACCAAGUACAGAAACUAAUAUCGAGUGGCAAUGAUCCCAAUUUACCUUAUAGUUCCAGCGGUCUUCGACCUAUUCAUUUAGCAGCGAUUCAAGGCCAUGCGAAUCUAGUGCAAUUGCUCUCACAGCAUGUGGAUAUUGAUGCCGUAGACAAGGAAGGCGAGGCAAGUUGUACGGCCUUGUUAAAAGCUGCUUAUGCCGGCCAUUUACCCGUCAUGAAAUGCUUGGUACAGUCCAAGGCGAAUCCUGUGCAUAAGGACAGAGAUGGUUGGACAGCUCUUCAUAAUGCUUGCUCCAGUGGUAAUCUUGACAUGGUCCAGUUCUUAUUGGAUCUGAAUGUUAAUGUGAAUGCUACGAGUGAGCAAGGUCAUACACCUCUCAUGAACGCAGCGGCGAAAGGACAUUUGGAUAUUGUAUUGCUAUUACUGGGAUCUAAAUAUAAUGCAAAUCCACUCAUCAAGAAUAAAUUUGGAGAAACCGCGUAUGAUGUAGCUGCUGCAUCGGGUGAAGCUUUUCUGUGUGGGUUUCUUGAGCAUUUUGAAUCCAAAUGGAUGGAUGAUCUAGGUCAUGCCGAUCAUCUGGAUAGGCACGUGACAGUGCCCGUUAUGCUUGUGGAAGACCUUGAUUUGAUAACAGGAGAUACCGUCUGGUCCAUGAAAGAGAGGCUGGUCUUGAGUAAAUCUAGAGUAGAAUUACCUAACCCAUGUUGGUUUUGGCUGACAGAUUGGACGGUAGAUUAUUCUAACCCGACGAUUCAAUACGAUGAGGGUGGAUGGCAUCAUGUUCAUCCGCAAAAGAGAAAACGAUACUGGAAACGCAUCAUGAAAAAGUCUACUAGGGAACCAUCUACAAUCCAACCCAUCGCAUCCAACACGGAUGAAGAAGAGGAAGAAGAAGAUGAGGAAGAGGAAGAAGAGGAGGAGGAGGAGACGGAAGAUGGUAAGGAUCAACAAUUGACACUGGUGAGUACAACGGCAGUGUUUAUAGGAUCCACACAUAUUCGACCUGUGCUACAAGAACAGAUCUGCGCUUGGGAAGAGAAUGAACAGGUGGAUGAUUGCAGACGAUGUCAUCGAUGGUUUAAUUUGAUUGUUCGAAGACAUCAUUGUCGUAAAUGCGGACAGAUUAUUUGUCACAAAUGUUCUUUACAACGUGUGUAUUUACCACCUCAUCAUAUCCUCCAAUCCCCCCAUAUACCCAACCAAGAUGCCGAUACCCUCUCUUUACAACCACAACGUAUAUGUGAUCAAUGCGUGUAUGAUGUCCAUCAUUUUAAAAAUAAUAGGAAACGCAGUAGUAGUGUCAUGAUGGAAUGUCCGGUAUGUACAAAGAAACUGUCAGAAUACCCAUCUACGGCAGAACAGGAACAACAUGUACAGGCUUGCUUUAAUAAAGGUGCUACUUCUAAUAUUGGCAUCCGUUUUGUUGGUAUGACAACCCCCCCCCUUCCCCCCUUAAAAGAAUUUUUUAAGUAUAUGUAUAUAUAG